GCAAGGAAGGGGCUGGAAUGGGAUUGGGAUGGGGUGGAGGGUUGGCAAUGCCCGCGGUGCCAGGCCCUGCUGUUGGCGCUGCUUUGGGCUUUGCUCAGCCCCUGCGUGGCCACGGCUGCUCCUCAGCUCUGAUGGCUGCCGGGGAAUCGGUGCCGUCCCCAUCCCGGGACCCCUUUCCAGCUGAGGGGCCCCUGUCUGGGGAGGAGAAGAGGAUGAAGGCCCUCAUCUCAGCCCCUCAAACCCUUCAUUCUCCUGGUGCUGGUCAGUGCUGUGACCCCAGAGCCACAGCAGUGCCUAUGGGGAGCCGGGAGGGUUGGGGCGGGGCACCUCCCACCUCUGCUGCUGUUUUUUUGCACUGGAUUAAUGGAAACCAGAUUGUGCAGCCAGGAGAGAGCGUGGAAGCCAAAUCCUGCUGCUAGAGUCCCUCCAGGUUUCCUGCAGGAAUCCUGGGAAUGGGCUCAGCCAUGGGCACGUGGUUGCUGCUCUUGGUGCUGCUGGUGGCAGCCCCGGCUGAGGCAGCAGCGCCCCGGCACCGCCCGGUGCUGCCGGACACGGCGGGCAGCGGGGACGGGGACGAGGCGUCGGCCACGCUGCCUGCCCAGCCCGUGACCCCCCGGAUCAGCCCCACCGUGGGGGAAGCACCGGGGACCACGGUGACCAACAGCUCGGCGCCGGGCGUGCUGGACGGGCUGGUGGACUUCUUCAAGGAGUACUUGCUGCUGGUGGUGGUCGUGGGCUCGCUGUCCUUCGUCCUCCUCUUCAUCAUCUGCGCCGCUGUCAUCGUCCGGCAGAAGCACAAGGCCUCUGCCUACUAUCCCUCCUCCUUUCCCAAGAAGAAAUACGUGGAUGAGCGGGACAAGUCGGGGGGAGCGCGGGAUUUCAGCGAGGUGCCGGACAAAGCCCUCGAGGCCGGCGCGGAGGAGCCGCUGGACGGCGGCCGGCAGCUCCAGGCCGACAUCCUGACUGCUGCCCAGAACCUCAAAUCCCCCCACAAGGCACCACUGGCCAACGGGGCCCAGGGUGAGCAGAAUUCCCCCCAGCAGGAGGAGGAGAAGGAGGAAGAGGAGGAAGGAAAGAAGAAGUUGAGGGAUGAGCAAACCAAGCCCCCUGCCCAAAAUCCGGGCGCAGAGGAAGGGGCGAGCGCAGGAAGCAAGGAUGGAGGAUGCACCCCUGAUGUAUCCCAGGAUGGCUCCCAGGCUCCCUCUGGAAUCUGAGGCAGGGACACGGUCCCGGGCAAGCCUGAGGAGCUGCUGCCUUGGGACACACGAUGGACAGGGUGGAUCAGGCUCCAUACGUACGUGGUGGCUCAAGGAAGCCCCGAUGAAGAUCCCGUUCCCUCCCAGCUCCCCCGACCCUGGUGCUGAUGGGAUGCUCAUGGGGGGGAUUUGCCAGCUGGUGGCUUUCCCCAGCACUGGAACGCUGUCAGCCCCAGCUCCUGCUGCCCAAGGGGCUUCUCCCGCCCCAGGCACUGGGUGGGUGCUUCCCCCCAGCUGCAGCUCUGCUCCCCCUGUGCCAACAGCUUCCUCCCAAAUGUUAUUUUAAUCAGCAGCAGUGGCCUGGUCCGUGCCGGGCUCCUGGAUGGGAGCUGUGUCCCUCUGGGAGAAGGGAUGGGACCAGGGCUGGAGGUCUGUAGGACACGGGUCAGCUUUGCCCAAGACCACCCAAGGGAAAGAGAGAUGAGGAUUUAGGGACAAGGACCCUCCUUUCCUUCUUCCACCCCAGAGCCCAGCUGGAUUUUUGCCUCACUUCCUGAACCCCUUCAGCUAGAAAUAAACAUUUC